AUGUUUUUGGAUGUUCUAAGACUUAUUAGAAAUUCUUACGGAGUUCGAAAUCCUGUAGUUUAUGGGUUUAAUCCGAUAAGUAAAAUGCGAGACAUCAAAGUGAAAGCUAAUUCUAGGUCAACUCAUGAAGAAGAAGAGCAACAACAAGAAGUUCAGAUAACUUCGUCCUUGAGCGUUAAAUCAACUCCCGAGAUCGAGAAGAAGUAUGUUCAUCGGGUUUACGACGCCAUUGCUCCACAUUUCAGCUCCACAAGGUUUGCAAAGUGGCCUAAAGUCGCUGCCUUUCUGGAAUCAUUGCCUCCUGGGUCUGUGAUUCUUGAUGCAGGUUGCGGUAACGGGAAGUAUUUGGGGUUAAACCCGAGUUGUUUCUUCAUAGGAUGUGACAUAAGUCACCCACUGAUUGGAAUCUGUUCGGAUAAAGGCCAAGAGGUUCUUGUUGCAGACGCUGUGAAUCUUCCUUACAGGGAGGGGUUCGGCGACUCGGCUAUCUCCAUUGCGGUUUUGCAUCACUUAAGCACGGAGAACCGAAGGAAGAAAGCUAUCGAAGAACUGGUUCGGGUAGUCAAGCCAGGGGGGUUCGUUCUCAUAACGGUUUGGGCUGCAGAGCAGGAAGAUAAGUCUUUACUCACUAAAUGGACACCUUUGUCUACAAAGUAUGUUGAAGAAUGGGUCGGGCCAGGUAGUCCGAUGAACAGCCCUCGUGUGAGGAACAAUCCGUUCUUCGGUCUUGAGAGCAUUCCAGAGACUGAGGUGAGUACAAAGGAGCUAAAGGCCGAGAACAGUCUUGAGAACAUUCCGGAGACCGAGGAGAGUACAAGAGAGCAAAAGGCUGAGGGCAUCGUAGAGACCAAAGAUAGCUCGGGAGAGGAAAAAGAAGAGAAAUCCGUUGCAGAAGCGUUGGAGGCUCUGAUGAUGAAUCAGCAAGAGUACUUUGUUCCGUGGCAUUUACCAUACCACCGUGCUGAAGUGAGUGGUGCGUCUGCGUCUGCACUUGCAAGUGGGCUUGCAAAGAAAGACGAUAGAAAAGGAGCUGUUGUGUACAACAGGUACUACCAUGUUUUCAGUGAAGGCGAACUUGAAAGGUUGGCAUCUGGAGUGGACAAUGCAAUGAUAGUUGAUAGGUUUUACGACAAGUCGAAUUGGUGUAUUGUUCUUCAGAAAGCAGCUUUAAGCCAAGAUUGA